AACGAAACGGGUUUUGCUUCAAGGUAUAAAAACGAUGUUGAUUUUUCAUUAUUUAUAAAAAUGGUCGUAGCUCUUUCAUUUGUUCCAAUCGAAGACCUAGAUGCCACUAUACAACAAUUGGGAGAUGAUUCACCAGAAUGCUUACAAUCUUUACUUGACUGGUUUGAGGACAAUUAUGUUGGAAGGGUUAAUAGAAACGGAAGAGGUCGUCGGCCAGCAUUAUUCCCACCACACAUCUGGAAUUUACACCUACGAGUUUUGAAUGGUCAAGAUAGGACUAACAACCAUGCCGAAGCAGCUAAUAUGCGACUAAAUGUCGAAAUGGGAGUUCAACAUUCUAGUUUCUGGUCUUUCAUCAACUGCUUACGAAGAGUACAAGCUGGGCGAGAUGUAUUUUACAGCCAACUUGAAGUAGGUAAGAGCCCCCUCAAAAAAUUAAAGAAAUUUAUUGAUGCAGAUAAACGUAUUUUAAGACUUGUUCUAUGUUAUAAAACUAGAACUAAAAUAUCAUUUUUACGUGGGAUCGCUCAAAAUAUUUCUCUACAUUAA